AUGUCGUCGCCACCCCAAAUGAUCAAUCCGUACCGGAAAAGUCAACCGACCAAAGUUUCCACGGUAAUCGCAACAAGUGCCACGGCACGAACAGACCCGUCCCGUGUGCCAGCUUCCAAGUCACACCCGUUACGAAUUCCGAAUCAAAGUCUUGCGGAUGUAUCGGCGUCGAGCACUCAAGCUCCGGCUCGUCCAUCCGCAUCCCUUCCGCCAGCUUCGUCAUCGAGUUCGUCGUCUUCGCUCCCCAAGUCUUCUACGCUAGUCACGUCGUCCAAGUCCACCGCCCCCAUUCCGACUUCACUCCGAUCCAAACUCAAAAAAGAAAUUGAGAAUCUGCGACGUGCCAAGCUGUUGCAAGCGCAACGCAUCGAAGCGGAAAAGCAACGCCAACGACUCGAAAAGCAACGUCGCAAAGAAGCAGCGCGUACUCGUAAAAAUGCCGCCGCCGUUGCAGCGGCAGCAGUAGCACCUGCCGAGGCAGUUCACGUGGCCUCCGGCAACGAACCCCGUAUCAAUCUACCGAAAACGCCCGUUGCCGCCGCCACGGUAGCGCGUGCGGUGACAGCGCACGCGCCCUUGUCCGAUCCAUUGUCCGUGCCUACGAGCGCAACGGCUCCCCCAACUCGUCUAACGACCGAGGGAAACGAGCCUCCGACACGGCACGCAACCCAACCGGCAACGGGUCCGUCCACGAACGUUGCGCAAGUGACCGUGACGCCUAGUCCCACUGUGCGUGUAACAGACUCGGCGAAUCAUCCGUCACCGUCCACUCUGCGCGUGUCAACAAAUCCCGCAUCGACCCCCAUGGCGACUGCCGCUCAGGCUCCAGUGUCUGUGGAAAAGUACUCGACUCCCGCCCAAACUGGAACUAGUCAUUCGAAUCCUUCAAUUCUCCCACAAGCGUGGCGACCAUCGUUUCCCCCCGGCUUUCCGGUCGCUGCCGUGCACGGAACUGUCGGUCCUGAGUGGCCUUCCCCUUGGUACCCAUGGCAAGGUCCAGUCCCACAGCAUCACCAUCAACAGCAAUUCCAGACUCCCUACGGCGGCGUUUGGAACAUUCCAACGCAGACGUCACCAGUCUUGGCGUCAGCAGGUCCAGCGACUUUGCCCAAUAAUUAUCCUUAUGGAUAUUCGCUCCCUCCUUUCGCCGUACCGUUCUGGAACGGCAACUUUGCACCGUUUUCGUCACCCGAUCCUAAUUCGAACAACGACACCUUCGCCGUCCAAUCCCCACCACCGCUCGCUCCCUACUCGUCUUCUAAUCCACUCCUACCGAACACGAAAUCCACAAAACUUUCCCACAGUGUCCGAGGCACCGCGGCGCUGGCAAAGAACAACGAUACCCUCUGUGACGCACUCACCGUACCGUCGCCCUUUGCCGGGUCGUAUGAACUGUUACCCACUCCCAUUGUUGUUAUUAAAAAGCCAAACGAAUCGUUCGGGGUCACGUUGCAGAAGGAAAGUCAAAGUGCGCUUGUCGAACCUGCGUGGUUGGUCAAACACGGGCUGUUGCCGCCGGAUGCCGUGGAAGCAUCACAGGGUGAAAAGGCGGUAGAACCUGAGGCAACGGUAUCCUUCGUAGAGAGAAAGAACCUCACCAAGGCAACAGACAAGGCCGUACCGACCGAGAACUCGAUGCCUCCUACGAUCGGAGAACCAGUCGCGGCCUUGCCGGAAUCCAAAGAGACCCCUAGGCGUCGAAAGCCUCGUCGACGUCGCAUUACCUUUGCCACGAUGGUCAUUCAGGAUCCGACUAUUCAGAAUCAAGGGAACGCUAUGAAUUCCCAGUCGCUGCAAUCGGGUGACAUUGUCAUCGAAAUUGACAAACAGCCUAUCGCGGGCAAGACUUUCCCUGAGGCGUGCUCAUUCUUCCGGGACUGCCAGACGACUGAUGCUGACGGGAUAAUUCGUUGCCCAGUUCGGGUGGCCCGACGAAAACACUUGCCGUUGAAGCCAUUGCCUAUCGACCAGGUCACUUCAAUUAAGUUAGCUGCAGAGUCAUCGCCACCCCAAAGCAUCGGUCCCAUCACCGAAAGUGACCUCUUUGUAUUCGACGCCUGUCUUCUCAACGCAACUAUGGAUGCGGAGCGAGUAUUGGGAAUGGUUCCAUCCGAUGCUGUACUUCAAUCUUAUGUAGAUGCUGCGUUGGCUCUCAAAGGUAAAAGCCUUGGCACGUUGCAAAGCGCAUGGCGUGGUGUGGCAGCGACGGUGGAACAGCGCAUGGCACAAAGGGCCGCUCAGCAUUGGACAGAGCAAUGGCAAGCGGAACCAAUUGAAUUUCGUUCCACCCCGCGCAGAAUCUUGUCUGACGCUCAGCGCAGUACUCUCCGUAUGGCAUCACGCCCCGCCAAGGGUUGCCGAUGCGGUAGUAUGGAGCACGACUACGUUCACGACAGCAAGUGCCAGUUGUAUAGCAACUUGCGGCUUGUCGAUUCCUCCGGGUCCAAUGCUUUGGACCCAAAGACUCGAGACCGCUUACUAGCCGCCAAAUUACCGAAGGAUUUGAACGCUGUAGAGACUGCUUUCAAAGACCGAUUCGUCCGCAUACAAAAUGAGAAACAGGCAGAAAAGAUAGAGGCGGCUUUCGUCUCCAAAAUGGAAGAGUUACAGUUGGCACAAGGCAAGGCAAUUUUAGCGCCCUCUUUGACCACCAUGGUUUUGUCGGCAGCUGUAGAAUUACAAUCUGAGAUUGUCUCGAAUUCGCCGUUUCGACCGGAGUCUUUAGUAAUCGUGGACGAACCUAGUGUUGACCUAAAAACAUCCACAAACGUCACGACUGGAGGAAAUGGCGAAGACUCGGAUGAGGAUGAUGACGUUCCGUUAAGUGCUCUCGGAAAGCGCCCGGCCGCCGAGAUGAAAUCCAAUACGGCGAAAAAAAAUAAGCCCGAAAUAAUGAUUAGUCGCGGCUACCUCGCCAAGCUGCUGUUGUUGAUCAGUGACAAGUGGGGCCACUUGUACCGCGAACCAUCUGAUGUUGAGUACGCGUGGCGCUGGGAAGUGUAUCAUGGUCAAACGUCUGAUUGUGCAUCGCAGUGGAAGCCACACGCAAAAAAUCCUCGCCAGGAAGGAUCGAGGAGUCUAGAAAACAUACGAUUUGUGAUUGAUGAUUCCGUUUUGGCAAUCGUUGAAUCCCGCAGCGCUUCGAUGAAGGAGUACAGCGAAGCGUUCAAAGUACUGUCAUAUAUUUCGAGCACAAGUCGGACUGGUGUCUGCGAAGAGCUGGCCGCUUUACUUCGCAUGGGUGUCCUUCAUGUCGAUAAGACUGGCAUUCCGGUUCUUGCAAAGAAAUGGUAUGAACGGGUUGACCUGUUGUUACUAGAAGACAUGCACUUCAGUUGGGGCACGCAGGCGGAUAUGAGUGGAAGGUUUGCGAUUUCUGAGACUCUGCGACGGCGCCUCGAGAAGCGGUGGACGAGAACGGCGCAGGGGUGGGCACUAAAUAACUAUGUGGACGACAUCGUUUUCGAUUUUGUUGAGUUUGACGAGUGGCGAGCAACCUUUGAAGACAAGCAGCAGUCUACGACCGAAGCUAUUGAAGGUAUUGGAAAGUUCGGCAUUUAACCGUGUGCAGUCGUUAUAAAGCUAG